AUGGAAGCCUUUUAUCAAGAGUCGGGUAGGGCUGGUCGUGAUCAAUUGCCCUCUAGAAGCGUGUUGUACUAUGGAACGGAUGACCGCAAAAGAAUGGAAUUUAUUUUAAAAAGUGCUGAAAGCAAGAAGUUGCAGUCCUCAGGUUCACAGGAUGGGUCCUCAAAGAAGUCCAUAGCUGAUUUCAAUCAGGUGGUUGAAUACUGUGAAGAGUCUAACUGCCGUAGGAAAAAGAUCCUUGAGAGUUUCGGGGAACAGGUGACUGCAUCAUUAUGCAGACGUUCAUGUGAUGCAUGCAAACAUCCACAUUUAGUUGCCAAGUAUUUGGAGGAGCUUAUGACUAGUGCUUUGCGCCACGGAAAUGGAUCCUCUCGAAUAUAUAUAAGCAGCUCCUCAAAUCUCAUGGACAAAGAACAAUUCUCCGAAUUUUGGAACCAUGAUGAUGACGAAGCAAUUGAAUCAGAGGAAGAUAUAUCCGACUCCGAUGAUGGUGUUGAUGUUGCAAAAACCCUGGCUCAGUCAAGCUUGCCAUCAAAAAGAAGAUUAAAUGAUCGGAUUAUGCUGCUGCAGCAUGCAGAAGAAAAAUAUUAUCAGAACAAAGUCCCUGACAAGCAGGUCAAGAAACUUGACAAGAAUGCCAUAUCUGAAACACUCCGGGAGUCAAGCAAGCAAAGAUUAUUAAAUGCUCUUAAGCAGAUCCAGCAGCAGCUCACCCAUGUACAGAUUGAUUUUGAAGCAUCUGCCACCAUUCUAGAAAAUGAAUGCCACAAGAAAUAUGGGAAAGUUGGAAAAUCCUUUUACUUAUCACAAGUGGCGAGUACAGUGAGAUGGAUUCCAACCGCAAACAUGGUUGAAUUAACCAAUAGGCUUGGCAUCGCUACCAGUCCUGCUUCUGAGCACUUAAGCUCGAAAACAAAUUCCUCUUUAAUGUCACCGACUAUGUUGGAUCAGGUAUCAACAGAAGUUAGUAGCGAAGAAGUCCAUGGCAGUGCUAGAUCAGAAACUCCUUCAAGCGCAUUGCAAAGCAUUUCCCAAGAUAUAAAGCUGCCUCCAGUCCCAUCUUUUUCGGAAUUUGUAAGCAGCAAAAAAUCUAAGGAAAACCAAACAUCCACAUCGAAAAAGCAGUCCUCCAACAGAGUUCCAAUGAAUCUGGGGAAGAGAAUGAGAUAUCAGUAAGUUGAAACUGAUACUACUUCUGUAUGUUUGUGUUUUGCAUGCACCUGAUCACGGGCAUACUUGUUACCUUUUCGUUGGCCCCAAGGGACAGCAUAGUUUCCGCAGCAAAUUCUUCUACAUAUGGGCUUCUUUUCUAUUUAUUGUCAAUCACCAAGGGUUCAUUCCUCCAUGCCUGUACAGUCAGAUAUAAAAAAUUAACAGUCACAGAUGAUAUCUGAUUUUACAUAGCACGUAGCCUUUUGUUUGUAGGCUGUUAAAUUUUGGUGAUGUCAAUGUAUUUUAUGGAUUUGGAUUCUCUGUUGUUUAGUUUUUUAACAGUAGGGGUGUUGUUUUUUAAAACGACAUUGUUUUACACCAACAUGACAUCUUUUUAUUAAAUAGAACGACAUCGUUUUGGUGUUAAACGACGUUGUUUUGAAGGAUAGCACCUCUGUUGUACACAAGAGGAUUUUGUUUAGAAUUUCCCAACCCAUCAC